AUGGCUACUCAAGCAGAAAAACCGGCAUUUGUUCGCUUCCCAAGCAGGAGAAGUACGGUAUACAGCACCAAGGGCAUGGUGGCAUGUUCACAACCUUUGGCAGCUGAGGCAGGACAAAGAAUUCUGAAGAUGGGCGGGAAUGCAGCCGUAACCGCUGCUCUAAACGUAACCGAACCUGCGUCAACCGGAUUGGGAGGAGAUUCUUUCUGCCUCUAUUUUGAUGUCAACUCGAAAAAGGUGCAUGCCCUCAACGGCUCCGGCCGGAGCGCUGUCAACAGUUCAUUGGCUCAAAUCAAAGAGGACCUCCGGAAUGCUGGAGCCGGGGAGCCACGUAAGAUCCCCUUCGAUAGCCCUCAUUCAGUCACGACCCCUGGGGCUGCAGCAGCAUGGCUCGACUCUGUCGAAAGAUUUGGCAGCGGCCGCUUGACAUUAUCGCAAAUAUUUGCCCCUGCCAUCGAGCUUGCCGAGGACGGGUUCCCUGUUAGCGAGAUAUCAGCAAGAAUGUGGCAAAACGCCGAAAAGGCAUUGAAACUGGCAUCUCCAAACUUCAAAGAGAUUCUGAUACACGACCCCAGCGCCGAACAGCAAGCACGGGCGCCACGAGCCGGGGAGCUCCUUAGAAACCCCAGCUUGGCCCAGACCCUCAGGACACUGGCAACUGAAGGCAAGCCGGGCUUCUAUACUGGCCGAAUUGCCCAAGCCAUUGCUCAUGUGACGCAGAGCAAUGGUGGCAAACUCGACGUCUCAGACCUGGAAAGCCAUCUCGAGCGAGGUACUGAGGAAACCAAGGCGAUUUCACUCAAGUUUAAUGGUUUUGGGUUCGGAGGAGGAUCAACACAAGACUCAAGCGGUCGCAGCUAUGUCGAACUCUGGGAACACCCCCCUAAUGGUCAAGGUAUUGUGGCACUGAUGGCCCUUGGAAUCCUUCAGGAGCUCGAGGCGUCAGGAAAACUAGCGCCCCUUGACCUUGGAGAACACAACAGUGCUAGAUAUCUUCAUGCUGUUAUCGAAGCCCUUCGGAUCUCCUUCGCAGAUGCUGCAUGGUGGGUAACCGACCCCGAGCACAGCCCCAUAAGCCCUGAAGACUUGGUUUCCCCGUCAUAUCUGGCGGAGCGAGCCAAGCUAUUCGAUCCUGAGAAAGCUGGAAGCUUUACCAACGGUCACCCUGGUCCGUCCCCAGCCCAGAACCACAGUGACACAGUCUACUUUGCAGUCACCGACAAGGAUGGCAACGGAAUGAGCUUUAUAAACUCAGUAUUCCGCGAGUUUGGUUCUCACAUGAUUCCACAGGGUUGCGGGUUCACAUUGCAGAAUCGUGGCGCAAACUUUGACCUUGGCCCGGAUGACCACCCCAACAUCUACAAAGGCGGAAAGAGGCCGUAUCACACCAUCAGCCCCGGACUUGUUACUCAAGGAGAAGGUGCUGAUCGCCAGUUACACUCGGUCUUGGGAGUCAUGGGUGGUCUCAUGCAGCCGCAGGGACAUGUCCAGGUGCUUCUCAAUACAGAGGUUUUUGGCAUGAGUCCUCAGGAGGCGAUUGAUGCACCAAGGUUCUGUAUUGCAGCCGCACAGGGUGAAACAGUGUAUAUUGAAGAUGGAAUUGGCCCCGAAAUUGUGCAGAGCUUGAAAGACAUGGGCCAUCAGAUUGAAGUUCUCAAGGAAUGGCAGCGGGUCUGGUUUGGCAGGGGGCAACUCAUUAGGCACCGUCGUGAUGCUGAGACUGGACAACGGAUCUAUGCGGCCGGGAGUGACGGGAGAGGGGAUGGUAUGGCCAUUCCUGCUUGA